AUGGCCGGGAAGCUGGAUCUGAGGCAGAAGGCACAAAUAGCUCGCGGGCGUCCCUCUGACCAUGGUACUGAUGUGGUCGUACAGCCCUCCAGAGACUUCGACCUGGACAAGACCAUCUUCCGGACACUGGACACCACACUGGCCCGCCUCGCUACCAAAGAUCGGAUGGGAAUCGAGGUGUUCUGGACAGAGGAUGCUGCACGUCGAAUCGAAGGUGCUUUUGCUGCCCUCCCAGCAGCUCCGGCUCACGAGCAGGCACUGCUCGAUUUCAUGACGGAAGACUGCGACUUCAGGAUGGAACAUGCUGAUGGAUCGUUCCUGGAUCACCUGCAGUUUUGCUACGAAUACUGCGCAGCUCACUUCAAAGGCCAUUCGCCGCGCGUGUUAUUCUUGCAUAGCAUCAUGGGAGUUGGCACAAAUUAUUUUCCGAUGAAGCUGGAGCUCGUGCCAAAGUUGCAGACGCUCGUCUCGGAUGAGGCAUUCCCCAGCAUAUUGCGCCUGCUACUGCACUUCGACUUCGUCCAAGAGCUGGAAAGUCAAGGUCCUGGAAGAUUGGCACAUGAUUUUGGGGGAGUCCACUUCCACCGCGUGCUGGACAACAAGAAACUCUUCCUCGACACGGAGUCCUUCUGGGUGCAGCUGAACUAUCAGUUGAUCCAUUUGAUGGAUUUCCUUCCCAUAGCAGACUGGAGCCUCAGGAUGGAUGACACAUACUUGGAUGUGUUCGUGGCCGUGCACCAACUGCUCAAAUCCUGCGGAAAGCUCAUGGCCAAUGUCGAGUUGAAGCUGGAGUCCGCCGAUGGAGUCGGUGUGAGGACGCAAACAACUGCAAUAGGUUUUCUAAUGACGCGCCUGAUUCCAUCCACGCUGAAGCGAAAGCUUCGCAAGAAAGAGAUAUCCCGCUUCUCAAGCCAAAUAGGCCACAGUCUCGACUACAAAGUGAUGUGGCGCAGCUCAAAACUCUGA